AUGGCGACCAGCGAAAAGCCUACCGAAAUCAGCCGUUCAAAGAUGUUCGGCGGCCACAACAAGAGAUACAAACACCACAGCCCCACGCUCGGCUGCUCCAUGACCUUCCAUGUCUAUUUCCCCCCUUCACCUUCACCUUCCCACAAAUUCCCUGUUCUUUACUGGCUUUCUGGCCUUACAUGCACGGAUGAGAAUUUUAUAGCAAAAUCUGGGGCUCAGCGUGUUGCUUCAAGCGAGGGUAUUGUGUUGAUUGUCCCCGACACUUCUCCAAGAGGACUUAAUGUCGAGGGAGAGUCUGACAGCUGGGAUUUUGGUGUCGGUGCUGGGUUUUAUCUUAAUGCAACUCAAGAUAAGUGGAAGAACUGGCAAAUGUAUGACUAUAUUGUGAAGGAAUUGCCAGCACUUGUGAAGGAAAACUUCCCACAGAUCGACACAACACGAGCAUCGAUUUUCGGUCAUUCUAUGGGCGGGCAUGGAGCUCUCACGAUCUACUUGAAAAAUUUGGACAAGUACAAGUCGGUCUCUGCUUUCUCGCCUAUUGUCAACCCAAUAAACUGUCCGUGGGGCCAGAAAGCUUUCACUAAUUACUUGGGCGAAAAUAAAGCUGAUUGGGAGGAAUACGAUGCCACUGUUCUCGUAUCAAAAUUCAAUAACGUCUCGGCUACUAUCCUAAUCGAUCAGGGAGACGAAGACAAAUUCUUGCACGAUCAACUUCUGCCGAACAAGUUUGAGGAGGCAUGUCGAAAGGUUAAUGUGCCUCUAUUGCUACGAAUGCAAUCUGGUUAUGACCACUCGUACUAUUUCAUAGCCACCUUUAUCGAUGACCACAUUCGCCACCAUACUCAAGCCCUUAACCUUUGA